AUGGCCGAUCAAUCUUCCCAUUCAUCCUCUUUACCCUCAUCACCCUCACCAGCCCAAAUCACUGCAAAAGAGGUGGCAUUCCUUGGAGCAAGUCGCCACCUCGCCGUUCAGCUAAAACUAAUCACACGAAUCACCAAAAAACCUCGACAAAAGCCUUUAGUAGCCAGACCACUCCAAAUCAGAAAGGGGCAGAGCACGGAGAGUGCCCCACUCCUAACACUAUCAUCUGAAAGCGAGAAGAAGAGAAGAGACGAUAGAGAAGUGUUCGGGAGAAUUCUGAGUAAUAUGGAGAAGGAGGGAGGGCUACCAGAAGCGGGAGUCGUUAAUCAACCCUUGCCUUUAGAAGAAGAGAUGGAAGAAGCUUCACGGAGAAGCGCCCUGGCCGUUUCGGAUCCUAAGGAAACUAUUCAAACAGAAUCCUAUGAGGAACCCAUCAGGGUUGCUUUGAAGGAGGUGGAAGUGAAGAAGCUGCCUAAAAUGGUUGAGGAGAAGAAGAACAAGAAGAAUAGGGCAGAAGGAGAUGAAGAAGCCCAGCCAAGGAAGGAGAAGAAAGAAAGAAAAUCGAGUGAGAAGAGUGAACGCAGGCGAGAAGGGAAGCGCCUGAAGGCGAAGGAAGAAAAGAGAAAGAGGGCUGAGAGCCUAGAAGUGGACGGAGAAUCAACCACCACAAAGGUGGAUGAGGGGUGUCAACGCAACAAAGAGAAUCAACGCAACCUGAAAAGGAAUCAAUGCAAAUAA